AUGACCAUCAAACCUUUGAAUCUCCACGUUCACUUGAAACCAAUUUCUUGGUUAAAAUAUAGCAGAGAAGGCGAUUUGUUGUUCGCAUCAUCAAAAGACCAAAGUGUUUCAGUGUGGUAUACUCACAAUGGACAAUUGCUUGGUACCUUUAAACAUAGCGGUGCUGUCAAUUGUAUUGAUGUUAAUGCUGCUUGUACUAGAUUGUUGUGUGCUUCCGCUGAUAUGAAGGUUACCUUGUGGGAUGUUCAAACUGGUGCUCAAUUAUUAUCUGUAGAUUUUGCUACACCAACAAAGGUUGUUCAAUUCAGUGAAGGUGAUAAACAAUUCCUUGCCGUUACCGACUCUUCAUUCAAACAAACUCCAUCCAUUCAAAUCUUUAAACUCCCAGAAGAAGGAACGGAAUCUAGAAGUGGAAAAUUAAUUCCAUCAAGAAAAAUUGAACAAAAGGAUAAAAUUACAUCUGCUGCUUGGGGACCUUUGAACAAGACCAUUAUUUGUGGAUUUGAUGAUGGUACUAUUAGAACAUUCGAUGCCGAGAGUGGUAAGCAAUUAGGAUCAACUAGAGAACACACUCAUACUGUUGUUAGAUUGUCAUUCUCAAAGGAUAGAAUGCUUUUCAUGUCUGCUUCUACCGAUAAAACUGCUAAACUCUUUGAAAGUCAAACACUGGAACUCCUUAAGGUCUAUAAACACUCUGAUCCAGUCAACACUGCUGCCAUUUCACCAAUCAAACGCCACGUAAUUUUGGGUGGUGGUACAGCUGCUCAAGAUGUUACAACUACUGUUAAGAAGCAAACAUAUUUCGAUACUCACUUUUUCCAUCAAGUUUUUGAAGAAGAAAUAGGAACUGUUAGAGGUCACUUUGGUCCAAUCCACUUUUUGGCAUUUUCACCAGAUGGUAAAUCAUAUGCCUCUGGAGGAGAAGACGGUUAUGUGAGGUUAUAUCAAUUGGAUAGACAAUAUUUGAGCAUGGAAGAUACUCCAGAAGUUGGAUUAGACGAGGAAUAA